UGGCGCUUGAGGAAUUCAAGUGAAUUUUUUUUCUUUUUUAUAAUUUUUGUUUUGAUUUGUUUUUCUUUUCUUUUCUUUUUAAUUUUGAUUAAUUUUCUUCAAUGUUCUUCCGGUUAUAAUGAGCGAUACUUCAGGUUCCUUUAGAAAUUAUGUUUAAUUUAUUUUCUUCGUUUAGUUUAAUUCCCUCUUCAUCUUGUGCCAUCUUUGUUUCCAUUUGGUUUUCUUUUUUCCUUCUCACCGUUAAGGUUAAUUUAACCUCAGGUCAUGUUGGUCAACCUUGUAACAUCCUGGGCAUUUGUUGGCCUUUAAAUAUUCACAUUUACUGUGAUGAUAAUCAUAUCUGUAGAUGUAGACCUGAAACUCCAGUAAUUGUUGGCCCACAUCAAUGUAAACGUAACAAAUCUCAUGGAGAUAAAUGUUUAACUGACCAGGAAUGUAUUUACUCGGAUAAUUAUUCUUUCUGUGAUUCAAAUCAGUGUAAUUGUGUUACUAAUUAUACUUAUGAUCCUUACAUGAUGAAAUGUCUGCACAUCUCAGCUCAACAAUUAUCGAGUUUCAAUGCUUUUUACACAAUGUUAUCUUCGGCAGCCUUAUGGAUAAUCAUGUUACUCAUCGCCCUAUUCAUUAGUAUUCCUUGUUGUUUGGCUUUUCUUUACCAUUGUGUUUGCAACGAGAAGCCAACUGAUGAUUCCAACCUGUGCCAAGAUUCAAGCAUCGGACUAAGAUUGGCUGAAAUUGGAGCGAAUCUGAAUGAAGAUAAUAUGAGAAAUGGAGGAGAUUCAACUCGAAUUUCAUUGCGUCAUGAUGAAGUAUCUUCCCGACAAUCCUAUGAAUUAAGCUGCUUAGACGAACCACCUCCUUCCUAUGACGAAGCUUGUAAACGAAAUCAAAGCGAAACAAUUUUAUCUGACCAACAAAAUGAUAACUAAUCUCAACUCGACUUCAUUUUAUCCGAUUGAUUUUAAACCCAUCACCCUGGCGAUCAGGUGUACCAAUAUGAUUACUAUUCAGUGGGUUAAACUAUCCUGCUUUCACCAUUAUUAUUGUUCUCAUUACAAUUAGCCUGGAGGAAAAGCAAUUCAAUCGUUUUCCUUUAAGAAAAAAAGCCAGAAACAUUAACGAUAGGAAAUGAAAUCCUGAUAAUCUUGGAAAUUCAAUCAUUGGAUGAUGAAAAAUUAACGAGUUAAAUAUCUGCCACUAAUCAUUAUCACUCGUUCCUUGGUUAAAUUACAACGAUAACAACGUGGAUUUAAUUACAGCUUCAUCUUUUUAAUUUUCCUUUUGUACAUCAUCGGUAAAUUUGAUGUUUCAUCAUAACUAAAUAUUGCUCAUCAUCAACCAAUAAUUAACACAUUACCAAUAGGGUUGAACAUUUUCACUUGUAAAUAUAUGGAGAUGACGAAAACCUUAAAUCCGAUUGGGAUUGAGACAACGAGCUUAACCAAUUAACUUAAUCAUCAUCAUCAAAUUAUGAUUCCCACAUUAACGAUUCAAAGCUUAUCCAAGGGUUAAUAACUUACAACCAAAGUCAAUCAUACAACUUUUAAUAUCAGCAAAUCAAGUCAACGAAAGCACAGUUAACAUUUAAAACUAAAGACUAAUUAUCAUAUCAUCAAUACCUUCAACUCUUGAUUCCCUCGUUGUUUUUUUUUUGAAUACAAUUUAACUUGAAGACAAAAGCAUAAUAAUAAUGUCUCAUAUCUCCAUGUAAUUAACCAAUUAUAUAUAAUAACCAUCAAAAAAAGAGACAACCUAAACCUAACUAUCCUAUUAAUCACAUUCAAUCAGAAAAUGAAACUGAUUAAUUGUAUAAAAAAACUCAAUAUUCCCUCCAGAUCAUCAGCUAUUAACUAUUUAAGACGCAAGGUAAAAAUGCCUUAAAAUAUAACACAAAAAUAUCAAAACAAUCUAUUGUCAAUUACAAUAAACAAUCAUCUUAAUCAUUUAA